AUGCUGGACGAAGAACUGAGCAUUGUUGGUGUUGGUGAUGGAAAGUCGCAGAAGGAGGCGGAGCGUGCUGCAGCACUGCACGGCAUGCUCUUGCUUUUGGAGCGCGACUUCAUCGCGAACCCCCCACCGGGUUUGCACACGCCAGUGACUGCCAAGAAAGGAGGUGAGCUGAGUGUCAACCUGUCGGACGGAAGUCCGCUGUCGGUGGAACGCGCGCGUGAGUAUCUUGACUAUGUGCUUGGCAAAGCACCACAUGUCUCGUUCUUUGUCCCGAAUGAGCUCGAAGACAAGAUGCGUUCUCUGUACGACACGAUUCGCCGUUCAGAACUGUACGCAAAGCGCCCCCGGACCACGGCUGCCUACCAUGCACAGGAAGCUCCCAAGUCCCAGCGCCGCGACCGCCGCACGCACACUACACGCCUUACUGCAAAGCAACACGAAGAGAAGUCGGAGCGCAUGCUUCAAGCUCUCAAUGAGUACCAAGUUGAAGACCGCGUGUCGCACAUCCGCGAGCAGCGCCAAUCUCUUCCUGUUAUGCAGAAGUCGGGCGACGUGCUGGUCAAAAUCGAAUUGAACCAAGUCACCAUCUGCAUGGCUGCGACAGGUUCAGGUAAGACAACGCAGGUACCACAGAUUCUGUUGGACGACUACAUCUUGCGCAAACAAGGGUCACGUUGCAACAUUAUCUGUACACAGCCCCGCCGUAUUGCCGCCAUCAGUGUCGCACAGCGCGUUGCAAAAGAGCGUGGCGAAACGGUCGGUCAAUCAGUCGGGUACCAAGUGCGCUUCGAUCACAAAUUGGCACAGCCGAAUGGUUCAAUCACUUUUUGCACCACGGGCGUCUUUUUGCGCCGACUGCAGUCGGCACUAGGCGAGAGCAUGAAUGGACAGCCAGAGUCUGCAGAGACGGCCUCGUUCCUCGAUGGCAUUACGCAUGUGGUCAUGGACGAAGUACACGAACGCGACGUUGAAACAGACUUGCUCUUGGUUGUCAUCAAGCGCCUGCUUGCGGCGCGAAAGCAGACAGGGAAGCCGGAAAUUAAGUUGGUACUUAUGAGUGCCACGGUGGAUCCUACGCUUUUUCAAAAUUACUUUGCAGAGCUCUCGGCCAAUGGCCGCCCUGCGCCAGUGGUGGAUAUCCCAGGUCGGAGCUAUCCCGUGCAGAAAACAUACCUGGACGACACUUAUGAACAUUUGCAAUCGCUCAGCCUGCCGCGCAACCAGGGCGGCUGGGUGUGGCAAGAAAAGAAUGUGCGCGAUUAUAUUCAACGAGAAAUUGUACAACAGGGAGGCAUUGUCAAGGGUCCCAAUGGCGAAGAAAAACCUGCUGUGGAUGACCUUGAGCUUCCGUACCCACUGAUUGCGCUAAUGAUUGCUGAUGUCCUCACGCGUUCCGACAACGGACACGUGCUUGUAUUCCUACCGGGCUGGGACGAGAUCAAAGCGGUUCAUCAAAUCCUUCUCAACACGCGCGCACAGCCGCUGUUGGGAUUGCCGCUGGAUGACUCGGACGCCUAUGAAAUCCAUGUACUACACUCUUCUGUCCCUGUACAAGACCAGCAGGCCGUUUUUGAGCCUGUGCGUCACGAAAAACUUCGCAGGAUUAUCCUGUCCACCAACAUUGCGGAGACUUCCAUUACCAUCCCCGACGUGGUAUAUGUCAUUGACUCGGGUCGUGUGAAGGAGAAGCGCUAUGACCCCGAACGCCGUCUGUCGAGCCUAGUGUCUGCUUGGGUUGGCACGUCCAACCUGAACCAGCGCGCAGGCCGUGCCGGCCGUCACCGCCCCGGUGAGUAUUACGGUGUUCUGUCGCGCGCGCGUUACGACUGCCUUGCUGUGAAUCAGAUGGUGGAAAUGAAGCGUGUCGACUUGAGCAACGUCGUAAUGCAUAUCAAGGCCCUCGAAAUCCCUGGCAUGUCCGUCGAGGAUGUGUUGGCAGCGGCGAUCGAGCCUCCUGCACCGGAGCGUGUCAAGGCAGCGAUGCAGGACUUGGAGCGCAUCGGCGCACUGGAUUAUCACCAAACGCUGACGUCGCUCGGCAAGGUCCUGCUUCAGCUCCCGCUCGAUGUGUCUAUCGGGAAAAUGUGCCUGUAUGGUGCCUUUUUCCGAUGCCUUGAUCCUGUUCUGACUCUGGCGGCCAUUCUGACCAACCGUGAUCCAUUCAUGGCGCCGGCACACCUGAAGAAGGAGGCGAACAUUAUUAAGGACAGUUUUUGUCCUGUCAUGUUCCGCUCCGAUCCCCUGUGUGUGCUGAACGCCUUUUACGAGUGGACGCGUUUGCAGGAGGUCAGCUCGUCGCAGGCGAGUCGUUUCUUGAACACAAACAUGAUCAGUCGUCCAACGAUGAUGCAGAUUCAGCAAGUGAAGCAGAGUCUGUUCCAGAGUCUGGAGAAGGCAGACAUCAUCAAGGUCAUCCGCAGCUCGACGUCGAUGACGGCCAAGUACCGUCGUCGCAUUCGUGAGACGGAUCCCGAGUUUAACAUCAACUCGAAGAGUACGCCGCUGCUGUGUGCUCUGAUUGCUGUUGCCAAUUCACCCAACUUUGCCAUUCGCGCGGGCGAGAAGUCGUUCCGCACGUCCCAGGACAAGUCGUGCUUCGUGCACCCUUCGAGUGUGUGCCAUGCCAAGUUCUUUAAGGACAAACCGGAGGCUGCGCUUGCGGGUAACGAAAAGGACAUCUUUGCGUUCUCGGAGAAGAUUCGCAACACUUCGACGCAGACCAGCUCUUCGAGCGGGAACGCAAUGACCUUUUUGCGGACGUGCACGCGACUUGAUCCCCUGACGUACAUGCUCUUUGGUGCUUCUGAAGCUCGUGCGCUUGGCCACGGGCUGGAGUGCGACAACUGGCUCCCGGUGACGGGCAGCUAUGACGCACUGGACAACUUGGAGCGCUUGAAGUCGAUCAUGGAUGUGUGCGUGCUCCGCGUAUUGGAGGGAAUCGGCAAGCGCCGUACUAAGCCCGAGGCACCUACGCCAAAGUCGGCAGAGUCGCCGCUGACCACUGUGUCGCCCGCGGAUCUGCCGAGUGGCGAGUUGCUCCAGGCGGCCAACACGACGCUUGCCUCGUGGAACUCGGACGAGGAAGACGGCGAGGACAAUCUUGACAAUCUACUUCAAAAUGACGCCCAGCUCGACCGCAGUCUCUCGUCUCGGGAGCUGGAAGAGCUGGAGUCGCUGACCACUGGCAUCGUGCAGAUCCUGGAUGGAUAUGCCGUGGACCGCGCUUGGGAGAAGGAAGCCUAG